GAGCUGAAAACCUUAACACUCUGUAGACACUUAUGGAGACAUCUGGGCUCUCCCGGGGAGGAACGGGGAAGCGCGUGUGGAUGGAUGUGCGUGCGUGAGCAUGUGUGUGUAUGAGAGAAAAGAAAGGUGGGAGCACGAGAGAUGUGGACACUCCCAUACAGACAGUCUGUAGCAGCAGUUUCCCUCCAGAGCUCAGCAUCAGCAGCAUCUUCUCUGCAGGUUGGGUUGCAAGACUCGGAGCCGCAACGGGAUGUUUUACUUUCACUGUCCGCCUCAGUUAGAGGGCGAAUGCUGCCGCUCCAAUACGCUAAAUUCAAGUGGUUUUGGGAGCCACGCCCCGGCUGAUUUCGACGAUGGAUUUUUACGCAGAAAACAGCGAAGAAACAGAACAACAUUCACGUUGCAACAGCUGGAGGCUUUGGAGGCUGUCUUUGCGCAGACUCACUACCCGGACGUGUUCACGCGGGAGGAGCUGGCCAUGAAAAUCAACCUGACCGAGGCCAGAGUUCAGGUUUGGUUCCAAAACCGCAGAGCAAAGUGGAGAAAAACGGAGCGAGGGAGCUCCGACCCUGAUGGAGGAAAGGAGCAGAUCAGCGAGGGCACUCCUCCUUCUCGGAGCAUCAACUCCCAGUCCCCGGUGGAUCAGAGCAGGAAGCAGAAAGAACCGAUGGAGAUGCAGCAAAACAUCAACAGGACAGUGGGUCCUGGGGGUCCGUUCUUUCCAUCCUGUAUUCCCGGCACACUCCUCAACUCUGCCACCUAUGCCCAGGCUCUCUCUCAAGUGGCCACCCUCAAAGGCAACCCCCUGUGCUCCUGCUGCGUUUCCGACCCAAUGGGCUUAUCCUUCUUGCCACCCUAUGGUUGUCAGGGCAACCGCACAGCCAGUGUGGCCGCCCUGCGCAUGAAGGCCCGCGAGCACUCAGAGGCGGUGCUGCAGUCUGCAAACCUGCUCAGUGCAACAACCGGGCCUGGCGCCGGAGUGGGAGUUCUCUCUGGGGUCGGUGUGAACCCUGCUGGGGUAGUGAGGCCCACUGUGGGCCCUGCCAUGGAGAUGCCCUGCGCUGGCAUUAGACGGGGAGACAGCUCCAGCCCCAUCACACCUGCAAAAGUCCCCGCCCUGAGCGCCAGCCCGGAAAAGCGCCCUCACUGCUCCAAGGAACCAGCAGAGAAGAAGUGAAACGCUGGAAGUGGAUAUACUGAUUAUUAACGGAUAAACAACUAAGCACAACUACUGGCUGACUUCAGAUCCAUUCUGGGACCUGUAUGGAUUCAAUCAUAAAAGUAUUUGAUUGUAAAUUCUGAUUGUGAAAUACUUGGGGUGUUUGUUGCCCUCAUUAAAGCACAACUGUGAUGUUGGAUCUAUAAGUGUUUACAUGCGCCCUUGGAUUUAUGUACAUGCAAAAAGGCCCAUUUGAUAAUGUGAAUUUAGGUAAUGCCAUCACCUCUCAUUUUUGGUCAGAGGAUGGUUGCUUACAUUGUGAAUGUUAAUGCAUGAAAACUGUGAGUGUUUGAAAUGAUGGUUGAUGGUUUCUGCAGGACUUUGGCCGACAUCACAUCAAGUCUCAUUCUUUAGUUUUUACAGUGAAAGUGCACUUUGAUACUUAUCACUUUUUUCAUUUUAAAUAUGUUGGACUGCAGCAUCCAGGAGCACACAGUUGCUGGUUUUUCCCAUCAAUCUGUUUGCACAUUUGUAGCGCCAGCAGACAGGGGAGGCACCAGUCCUGUCGUCACAUGUUCUUUAAAACAAUUAAAGGUGUAGUCGCUCAUGUUCCUCUCCUGUUACUUCUCGUUCCAACCAUCUGUUCCGAUACAUUAUUUAUUAGCUGCUCUUCAAGCCAGGAGCAGAGAGCUGUUGUGAUUCAUGUGUUUACUUUUAGGAACACUUCCUGUUUUCAGAUUUCCUAAUAAACUCCAAUAAAUAUGACACAUAUACAUUUACAUGUUGAAAAGAUAAUUUCUCAAGAGCUUCAAAUGCUGAGGAUUCCAAAAUAUCUGACUCAUAUAAAAAUCCUCUGAUCACACAGAGUCCACCAAACCUACGAACACACAGCCAGCAGAUCGACUGAUUUGAUUUGCAUCCUUGAGGAUUUUCAGGAAAUUACUUUUGAUAGUCAAUAACACAAUUAAGUAAACUACACACACAUUACCAUGAAUUAUUGAUAAGAAAUUAUAUAUUAUCAUGAAGUGCUGGUUCAAUAAUUGAUGAGGCGAAACCCUGGUGACAUGGAAGAGGGAGAUUAUAUCAGAAGUCAUGCCAGGUUGUACACAAGGCACUCGCAUUUGAUCAUUUUUAUACCAUUGCAACUAUUCUACUAAAGAGUUGCGUUUACCAACCAAGGCUUUAAGGUGCCCUAAUGGCUCAGUUCAACACAUGUUUUAAUAAAUAUGUAUUUAUCAAAAAAGGGCCCAUUUUUUCACUUUUAAUAGCAUUACACCAUAAAAGUAUUUCUCGAUAUGAUAAAAAAUAAUUGAAAAGAUGACAAUAUUUUGUGAUAACAUAUUUUAUUUUUAGUAAAUGAUUAGGUAAUGAGUUAAACGACAACAGAUUAUUAGUUUUUUUGCAUAAAACGGUCAAUCCUGAAAACUGCAAUUGUAUUUGUUAAUUGCUACACACAAAAGACGCAAAAAAAAAAACGUCGUUCCCCCCAAAACUGAACACAGCAGAUGUGGAAUUGAAUCAUUCACCAAAACAAAGAAUGCUAAAGUUAUAACGACUCCGAUCAUCAUUAAGUUUUGCCUGCCACCCAUAAUUCACCACUUUAAUAUUUCAUAAGCAAGUCAAGUUGGUGUUGACAUUCAGCUGCGCAUGUGGCAUCAUUGAUUGUUUUCUGUCACCUAAAAAAAAGUCGGUUUUGCGGAGCAUUGUUAUAUCAAAUUAGCUGGAGAGCAGCCAGAAAAGCAGUCAAACAUGGUCAAUGUGGGGGACAGCAGUUGAACUGUUUUCUUACAUUGCAGCUAAUGGGCUUCUUUUGUUGCAAUAAUGAAAUCUUUUUUCCCCACAAAGAUGUGGGAAAAUUUGUAAUUUGCACAUGAACAAUCCACAAGAAAACACAGCGUGGAAGAAAGUUAAGCCCUUCUGCCUGGCAUUCGGUGCAAUCCCCAAAUUCAACUAUUCUGAAAGACGCCCCAAGUUAGAUAUACAGUGUAUCAAAAAGCCACAAAAAAAAA